AUGCCACUUGUUUAUGGAUUUGUCUACACCAGUUCUAUGCAAUACAGUUUGCAGAUGAUGAAAGGGUCUCAUAACAGUCAAUAACUUACAUUAAUGUCCAGUUUGCACAAUGUAAAGCUCAAGUUAGUCACAUACCUUAUUUGGGCACACAUGGUUUCCUAGACUGGGUGUGCAAUCACACUCUUGUUCCUCUUUUAGGGCUUUGCAACAAGAUUUGUCCUCACGGCCGCCAUGGAGAAUGGCGGCUAUUUCUCCGACAAUCAGGUGGACCAGCUUCGUCCCCUGGGGGGCUGGUCUGUCCAGUCAGGCGUAGUGCACAUCUACGUCAAAAAGAUCAUAGAGCAGUACUCGGACAGUGCUGGUCUACUAACUCCUGGUAGGUAUUGAUUGAAGUUGCACACGAGAAUAAGAGAAAGAUAGGGACUGUGAUUAACUAUGAAUUCCAUGUUGAGAGCAUAGCUUUCUAGGGACAACACACUAUACAUCUGGUUAGAACAGCAUUAGUCAAAAACGAUAUGAAUUUUUUGUCAAGGUUCCUUUAAUGGUGUUAUGGCCCCAAAUUUCCAAACAGAUGUCCUGUUGGUUGGAGCAAUACCAUUUCAAAUUGCAGAUUGCAAUAAGGUUGGAAAUGUAAUCCGUUCAAAGUUUAUUGGGAUGCCCAUUAAAUUUAGCUCAUCCAUACACAAAUGCAGAUGUGCUCUUGAUGUCAUCACGAAAUGAAUCACUUGCUAGCAAGAAGUGCAUGUGCCUUUUCUUAUUGCAAUAUUUGAGGAAAAACUGUUAUUCAUCAGUGUAAGUAAUAACAUUGCUUUUCCCUUUAAAGGAUUACGAACCCCUGAGGAGAGGGUGCAAUUCCUUCAAAACAUCCUGACAGCGUUUAAUGUUAGGUUGGAAGCUCCCCUCAGGAACCUGAAAACCCAGGCCGAUGCAGAGGAAGAGUAUCCUGAGGAAUUUCAGGCAUUCCUCGACAACUACGAGCCACUGAGGAAGGCACGA